AUUUGAACCUUGUGGUGGUAUUUUAUUUGUUUUUGACAAGUUUACAAGUUCCCUGGUUGCCAAAAUGACAAUUUCCGUAGACGCACUCCCGCCCACCAACCCUACCAAUGUAGACUCAAAGACAUAUGCAUCACUAUCAAAUAUACUCACAAAUGUCAGCGGGGACGUCCCGCUCCACAAGCGCUUCAGAGCCCUCUUUACACUAAAGUCCCUCAACAAUGAAAACUCGGUCGACAUUAUUGCAAAGGGUUUCGCCGAUCCGUCCGCUUUGCUCAAACAUGAGCUUGCUUAUGUGCUCGGUCAAAUGCGAAACAAAGCAGCCAUUCCUCACCUGACAAAAGUUUUGAGUGACAAGUCAGAGGAUCCUAUGGUGCGACAUGAGGCUGCUGAGGCACUAGGUGCGAUAGCGGAAGAGGGGUGCUUGCCCGUGCUCGAAGAGUACAAGACGGAUGAACAACGAGUUGUUCGGGAAACAUGUGAAUUGGCAAUCGAGAGAAUAUUAUAUGAAACACGAAGAAGAGAAACGGGAGAACAAGAAGCCCCUAGUCCUUACACAUCAGUCGAUCCAGCUCCGCCUGUUGCAACCCAAGAGAAGACGACUCAGGAUUUGAGGAACCAAUUAUUGGAUACCUCUUUGCCGCUUUUUGAGCGGUACAGGGCCAUGUUUGCCUUGCGAAAUCGUGGGGAUGAGGACGCUGUCUUGGCUUUAGCCGAAGGGUUGACAGAUGACAGUGCCCUCUUCAGGCAUGAAAUUGCUUAUGUAUUUGGUCAAAUGCAACAUCCCGCAAGCGUUCCGGCUCUCAUCAAGUCCCUCUCCAACACCACAGAAGAAGGAAUGGUGCGACACGAAUGCGCCGAAGCCUUAGGGUCUAUUGCCGCUCCCGAAUGCUUCGAGGUUCUUAAAAAGUUUAGCGCGGACCCAGAGCGUGUUGUGAGAGAAAGUUGUAUUGUUGGCCUGGACAUGUUUGAGCAUGAGACGUCGGGGGAAUUCCAGUACGCGGAUGGGUUGACCGCCUCCACGCAUUAAAUUUCUUGUUUUACAUAGAAGAGGUGGAUGUUUAUUUUAAAUCUUCCUUUGUGCAUGUCUCACCGGUCAAGUAGAUGACAUUUCAAGAAUUGCUGUGUAUAAUAAUUGAAAUAUGGGUAUUUUAUCCUAAAUAAUGUACGAUUCCC